UCGAUCUCAGGCUCAGACCACAGCACAGAGCGGAUAAGCUCGCACUCGUACUCCUCCUGCUCUGCUUUGUCCCCUCUCUCUCUAUUGAGCUCACACAAGGAGGGGAGGGAGCUCCAUCGAUCUGAAGCUGCUCUGCUGUUUCGGCCAUGGCUGCACGAGCACUGACCGCCGCCGGCCGCCGGGCGGCCAGCCAGAGCCUGACCAGGCCGACGCCUCUUCUUGCCUCCUCCAGGAGCGGGGCCAGCAUGAACUACUCCUUGGCCAACGCGCAGCGUGAGGAGGAGCGCGGGGACGUCCAUGGCCCGGCGGCGGCGAUGACGGGGGCGCAGGUGGAGGCCGCGCUGAAUCGCAAGAACAUCGAGGUGCUCCAGGGCGAGGAGGAGCACGUCGCCACGGCCACGGUGCUGCCAGAUAGCGACGAGACAGUCGGCGGCGCGCUGGACGGCGGCGAGGACGCAUCGUGGGUGCCCGACCAGGACACGGGCGUCUUCGUCCCCGCCGAUGCCGACGCUGACGCCCACUGCGGGGGCGCGCAUCCCGCCCCACCGCACCUGUACGGAGGCGUGGGCGGGCCGGCGUCGGUGCUGGACCAGGCGGUGUUCGUCCGGGAGGAGGAGAUGGAGGACGUGGAAAGGCCCGCCAUGGGCCUCACCGAUGCCAACGACGGCAGCAACAACAACUAGCAGCUGCAAGUAGCUCCAUGCCUCCAUCAAUCAGAGGCCUGUAGUAGUUUCAGUAAGCUAGCUAGUGUCACUGCCAGACACCAUGGUAUGAUUAGUAGCUAGAAUAAAGAGUGAAGUGUACUGUAGGUCCUUAAACUAUUUCAAGGGUAUCAUAUAGGU